GUGAUUCGAGAAUCAGUAGAAAUUACUCACCUUUCACUAAAAAAAAGAGUUGCUCGGGUUUUUUUUUGUUUUUGUUGGAGAAAAAUUGUGAAAACGCACGGAAAAAAUGAAGUUUUUGCAUAAACGUGCGUGAAUGUGCAACGAAGAGUGACUGUCGUGCGUGGUGGUGGAGUGUGGUGUGAAUUUUUUGCAGAACAGGAAUACAAAUUCAUCCAUGCACAAAGAAACACGAGACUCGUCCGAUAACUCGCCAGAUACCAAUUCAAAUACUUUUGAAAAAGGUGACACCACAAUCGCUGAGCGUAAAUCUGUGGAAGAUCUUCUGGCGGGUUCUCAAGAUGUCCUGGGUAGUAGUAUCAGUCAGGCAAUUUCCUUUACAAGUGGCACAGUCCUCCAGGCGUCUCCCUUGCUGCGCAGACGGAGUCCCAGUCCUUCCUCCACGGACAGCAAUCGCAACAGCACCCAGUCAAAGGAGUACUCAAAGAGUGAGACACAUCUAACCGUACCAGGUGGUCCGGAUCGUCCUGAUGCGGCCGAAGACAUUCGAUUGAGGCAACUUGAGGAAAAGCAAACACCUCCCGAGGGAAAUUAUCUCAAUCGAUCGGCAUCACAGGAGAUUGAACGUCCCAAGAGCACGUCAAAAGUUUCCGAGAGGGCAAAAAAGAAGUCUUGGUACAAUGUUUUGUAUCCAACUUACAAAUCACGCUCAGAGGAUUUUAAGAAACUCUUCAAGGGAGUUCCGGAUGAUGAACGUCUUGUAGUUGAUUAUUCGUGUGCACUGCAGAAAGACAUUCUCGUUCAUGGUCGCCUCUAUGUGUCGCAGAACUUUCUCUGCUUCUACGCCAACAUCUUCCGCUGGGAGACAUCUUUGUCCAUUAAAUGGAAAGAUGUAACGUCAAUUACGAAGGAAAAGACCGCCCGUGUGAUACCAAACGCCAUUCUCGUGUGUACAGACAACGAUAAGCACUUCCUCACGUCUUUUGCAACACGCGAUAAGGCGUACUUGAUGCUAUUUCGUGUAUGGCAAAAUGCCCUCAUGGAUAAGCAGAUGCAACCUCAGGAGAUGUGGCAAUGGGUACACAAUUGCUACGGUGACGAACUUGGAUUAACCAGUGACGAUGAGGAUUAUAUUGAUCCAAAUGAAGAUCGUGACUUCAUGAAGGGGUGUCAACAUGGUGAUAAACUCAAAUUAUCCACAGAUAGUGUUUCAGAGGAACAAAGUAAUCCAGAAAGCGAUAUGAUGGCUUCUAUCAAUCAGACAUCGAGUGAUCCAGCUCAGGUGCCAGAACUACUAUUGAAGGGAGAGACAAAUUCAUCGAGUGGACAGAAGAGACACUCAAAGGGCUCCCGGAGAGGCGAAGAGGCUCCCAGUAAGCACAUUCCAACCGACAUGUCCGAUACGAGUGAUUCUGAACAAGAUAAAAAUAUGGAACUUACAGAGCAACCAGUUUGCACGUCAAUGCACGAAGGACGCCAAAUGAUUCACACAAUUCUUCCCAUAAAUGUGGAUAUUCUCUUCAAUUUACUCUUCUCCAAGUCAAAAUUCCUCGAAAACUUCCACGAGGGACGUAAAACAACAAAUAUGAUACAUGGAGAUUGGGUGGUAAAUGAGGAGGGUCUCAAACAACGCACAGUGACACUCACGGUGGCUCUAUCACAACCCGUGGGACCUAAGAGUACGGACGUGACGGAAAUUCAGACACAGCGUGAGUGCACACUGCCCGGACAACUCUAUUCCGUGGACAUUCAUUCCUCCAAUGCGGGUAUUCCCUAUGCGGAUAGUUUCUAUGCUACAAUGCACUACUGCCUCGUACGAACUGUGGACGAUCACACCAUGUUCUCCGUGCAUGCGCAAAUAAAAUACAAUAAAUCCGUCUGGGGCUUUGUGAAGGGAUUCAUUGAGAAGAAUUCCUGGAAUGGGCUUGAAGAUUUCUACACAGCCCUCGUGAGAGCCCUUCAGAAUGAAUAUUGCAUUCCACCAGCCAAGGCGAAGGGUAGAAGACCCCGUCGAGGCAAUUCAUCCAUACAGAGGCCCACCGAGGAGCCAUCGAAGAUUAAACAGGUGCCGUUUACGACGAAAGUCGCUGUAACGACUGACAAGGCUGGGGCAUCAAAGAUAAAACACGAAUCACUCUCUUGGUUCGUGAUUAUCCUCUUGGUAACACUGAUACUUCUCAAUGUGAUACUCUAUCUCAAAUUGUGGGAUUUGGAGACGCGCGAAGCUGGACGGCAUCGUUAUCCUGAUUUCCUUCAGCUGAAGGAUCCCCCAAAAACGCACGAUGACUGGAUAAAAUUAAUGCAGCAACAAGAGGCUCUUCAUUCAGCGGAAAUGGUUAAAUGGCAAAAAGUUCUCCAAAUAGCCGUGGAAUUGCUGAAGAAAGUGAGUGUUGUUUGUGAAAAAAUUGUGACAAAUGCAACGGUUCUCCUUCAAAAUAGUGCAAUGGCCAAAGAUGAGUUAUAAAAAAAUGCAAUUUUUAAGAUAAAAAAAAAACAUUUGUUGGUGCAAGAAUUAAGAGAAAAAGAAUGAUAUUUUCUCGCGAGGAGAACUAAAGUUAAAAAGAAAGAAAAAAAACAUGAAGAAAUUCCAAUCUCGCGUGUUGUGAUUCACAAGCUUUUGCUGUGAGAUUUGAAACACCAAAAAAAAUGAAGAAAAUUAAUACAAAACUGUUACAUUAUAUAGUAUUCAAAAUAAUAUUGCAGCAGAUGAAAGAUAAUUUAUUGAAAAAAAAAUUCCACAGGGUUUUUAUUUAUAACUUACAUAUAUAUUUUUUUAAUUUAACAUGAAAAGCUGCUGCUUUGGGAUUUUUUGGGAUAAAUAUUGCAGAGGCCAUUAAAAGAGCUUCAAACUUCGUAUUUGAGCACAAUAAAUAAAAAAAAAUGAAUAUGGGAAGAUCUUGCUGAGGGCUAUUUUAUAAAAAAAAAUACAUAGAGGUAGAUUCUGAUAAAAAUCUUUUCUAACAACUUAAAAGUUGUUGUAAGAUUUUGACAAUUAAUGAUUUUAAAUCGUUUUAUUGUCAUUCUUUAUAAGAAAAACAAACAAUUUGUUGUUCCAGAAGUUAGAAAUAUCUUUAAAGAGCCAUGGAAAAGUAAUUUUCCUUCAAAAGCACGAUUAAAGAGAGAAACAAACUGUCAAAAUAUUUUAAGAUUUUUCCCAGUAUACCAAAAAUCGACGAAUUAUAAGAAAAGAAAGAAAAGAUUUAUAUCAGAAUCUACUCCAUAAUUGCUGUUGCAGCAGCAUUGAUGAAGAUCUGAAAUUUGCAGGGAGAGUAUCAAACUGAGCGUAUUUAAAAUGUAGGUUUACAUCAAAUUAAAUCCACAAUAUCCUCAUACGCCAUUCCAGAUAUAGAGCGUUUCAUGAAAAAAAAAAAUAUAGUAUUAUGUGAUUUUACAGGGUUAUUCGGAAAGCCUGCAUGUCUCUAUAAACAACUUUAACAAAAAUUCAAUCAAUCAGUACCUAUUAAAAAAAAAUUGUAUUAUAAAAUAAUGAAGAAAUUGACCAUUUUUCAUUGAUUUUCCGAAAUGUAUUUGCCUCCAUGCCUCCCACCCAUAUAAAUAAAACAGAAGACUUUGCAAUUUUUACGAAUAACCCUGCAUAAAUUGUAAGCUUCUUAAAACAUUGAAGCUUUUUCUCUCUCACUCGACAAUUUCCGAGCUGAUUUCUGUGUGCCUGGGGGAUUGUGUGGAAGAAAAAUGCUUUUUUUUAGAUAAUGAAAAAAAAAAACCUUUCACCUUUCUCAAAUGAAUUCACAUUAUUGUGUCAUUUUGUCACAUAAUACACGCGAGCUUCAAUUUUUAUGAUGUCUCCUGUGUGAGUGUUGUAUAGUUAAUAAUUUGGAAAUGAUCAAACGGCAUGAGAUAUAUAACAAAUUACCCAUUAAAAAAAAUAACAAACUAAAGAAAAAAAAUAUAUUAGCGAGUGUGAGGGAAAAAUUACAUUAAAAGAGAGCAGAGUUUUCGUUUUUUUAAUGAGGUUUUCCAUUGAGGGGGGAAAGUCAGUGUCCCCCCUUGUAUAUACAUAUAUUUAUGAAAAAUAAUUUAGAUGGGAAAUUGGGCAGAAAAAAGCAUUGGAUGUUUGAUUGCAAUCUCCCAUCCGGGAGAGUGAUUUAAUACAAUAGAUCAGAGGGUUUAAAAACAUUGUUUCUACCAUGAGAGAUAUAUCAUUGAGCACAUUGAUAGGAGAGAAGAAAAAAAAGGUAUAAAAAGCUAUAGGUGAAUAGUAGAGAAAAGCAAGAGGAGAAAAAAAUAGAGCGAAAAUAAAUUUGAAAAUGGAAAAAUAAAAUAUUUAUUAGUAAAA